AUGCGUGUGACUGUGCGCGGCUCCUGGGCAUGUGCCCUUGAAGGCGGACACCAAGUCGAGAAGGAAACAUCAUUGACAUGGUACAUCAAGUUUAUGACGGGAACGGCUCGUGGAGAGAUGGUUGGAACAGGGCCGCAAGUGGGUACUGUUCUUCCAGGACACCAACACGCUCUACCUGGCUACCUUCCUCUGCUCUUUGGGUGUGUCCGCUCGCCACUCUUUGGAGGUGAACUCCGUGGCAAUGCCCCGAAAGGCCAAAGAAACCGUCGGAUCCAUUGCCCGCUUAACUCACACGGACGGCCGCAGCAUUGUUGUGAAUGUCGAGUACAACCAGCUGGAGCCAUUGCUGAAGGCGAAUGGGUAUGCGGAAGGGGAUGUCAACGGU